CCAGAGCGGCCGAAACACCGGCGGCCCCGCUGCUGAGGGGCGCUUGGGGCGGGGCCAGGCCUGGUGAGUAGCCCCUCCCCCCAGGGCCCAGAGGGAGGAACCUUAACAUCGGUCCUUCGGGCAUAAUAUACUCAAUUUCUAGAUCAUUAUUUUAAAUUGUUAGUGAUAUUUUUAAAUUCAAAUUUCUGUUGAUAAAAAUGACCCCCAUCAGCCCCUAUUCGUCUUUUUCAGAGUCCUUUGUUUAAAAUGUACCUGGGUCAGUGAGCCACUAAACAGUAAUUUGUCCUUUCCUCAACUUAAAAAGCCCGAGAGCUCCAUGGCCUCCGCCGCCCGCCGCCGGCGCCGGGAGCGUCGCUUCCGCCGGUACUUGUCUGCAGGUCGGCUGGCCCGGGCCCGGGCCCUCCUCCAGCGACACCCGGGCCUCGACGUCGAUGCUGGACGGCCCCCGCCACUGCACCGGGCCUGUGCCCGCCACGACGCCCCGGCCCUGUGCCUGCUGCUUCGGCUGGGCGCUGACCCUGCCCACCAGGACCGCCACGGAAACACGGCGCUGCACGCCGCCGCCCGCCAGGGCCCGGAUGCCUACACAGACUUCUUCCUGCCGCUGUUGAGUCGCUGUCCCUCUGCCAUGGGAAUAAAGAAUAAGGAUGGGGAGACCCCUGGGCAAAUUCUGGGCUGGGGACCCCCCUGGGAUUCUGCUGAAGAAGAGGAAGAAGAUGAGGCGUCCAGAGAGCGCGAGUGGAGGCAGAAGCUUCAGGGAGAGCUCGAGGACGAGUGGCAGGAGGUCGCGGGGCGGCUGGAAGAUGAUGCUUCCUAUGAGACCCAGGAACCUGAGUCCUUCUCAGCCUGGUCAGACCGCCUAGCCCAGGAACAUGCUCAGAAGUGCCAGCAGCAGCAUAAGGCAAAGGGAGCCUUCCAGCCCCUACGGACCAAGGGCUCCAGUCUCAGCUGGCAGCGGCAGGAGGAGGAGCAGCGGCUUUUCCGAGAGCGAGCCAGAGCCAAGGAGCAAGAACUGCGGGAGAGUCGAGCCAGGCGGGCACAGGAGCGGGCACCAGAGGCUCACAGGGACCCAGAGCCCAGGACCCAGCACUCCAAAGGAGCGGGGAGGAGCGGCCUGUGGUGCUUCAGCGAUGUGCCCUGGCCCUGCCCUGGAGGAGGAGACCCGGAGGCCAUGGCUGCAGCCCUGGUGGCCAGGGGCCCCCCCUUGGAGGAGCAGGGGGCUCUGAGGAGGUACUUGAGGGUCCAGCAGGUUUGCUGGCACCCUGACCGCUUCCUACAGCGAUUCCGAAGCCAGAUUGAGACCUGGGAGCUGGGUCGCGUGAUGGGAGCUGUGACAGCCCUUUCUCAGGCCUUGAAUCGCCAUGCGGAGGCUCUCAAGUAACCUCAGGGAAACAAGGAGAAACUGUAGGGAACGCAGCCUUCGGGGCAGGGCACCGUCAGAGAUGGGGAUGACGAGGACCAGGCCGAUGCUACGCAGCAGAGGAUGUGGGGUGGAAACACAACAUGCAGUGAGCGGGGGAGGACAGGCCACCACCACUGCUCCUCGACUGCCAUUUCCUAAUAAGACCUAGUUCCACAUCUCACUCCCAGUAGCUCCUCUGCCUUUUUCCAUCGCUGUGGUUUUCAUCACCCACAACAUCUCCUUUCCCGCCCUCUUGCCAAAACCCAUGGCUCCCACACACCUGAGACACGCACACACACUAGUCCGUGCCCUCAACUAGAGAUGAGAAGCCCCUGCUGGCCCACCCGAAGGGUUGGUCCUGAGAAGGCCCAGUUUGCCCUCCAGUCUCAUUUUAUUUGCUAUACCAGGCUCCCCUGGGCAAUCAGCAGCCAGAGAGAUAAAUGUGAACAGUAGCAAAAAAAAGGAACAAGACCAGUUCUCCCCUCCCCAGCUCCCCAACCAGAACCACAUCCUCCUCCCCACUAGCACCCCUCCUCUAGCACAGACAGGGCUUUCCCUUUGCUGAGUCACUGAAUGGUCCAAGUUGGGGGCAGCUGGAGCUUGGGGACCAUAAGGAGGUUGUGGGAGGUCAGAGGAUAGAAGCAGAAUGGAUGAAGGAAGAGCCCUGUGGGGAGGUGGAAUUUCGGUUGCUAAAAUUAGCAGGGGAAGUAGCCGGAAAGAGCCAAAUGAUGUAACCUGGAUUGUCUGUUCUUGGGCAACCAGGAGUCCACACCCCGGGGAAGAGUUAAGUAAAACGGAGUCACUACAGUCAGGCAGCUACAUUACUAAAGUCAAGUAGGUUGAGGCCUGAAGAAGCGGUUCUGUUCUCAUUUUAACCAGCCCGGGAACUUAAACUUCUGAACUUUCCAGUCCUAUGUCCGUGCCUGGACAUUCUCCUGAUUAUUCCUGAAGGACUCGUGUAUCCAUUAACCCGACAUCCAUUGCCCAGACCUCUGGAUGUGACCAGACCUCUUGGUGCUCAUCUAGACCACCUGACAUCUGGUUAAUAACCAUCCUGGAUCAAUCCUAGGGCUAAGGCUACAGGACUGAUAAUUCUUAAGAAUGCACUUUUUACUAUAAAAACUCUAACUUUUCUUCUUCAGAAACACUUCUGGGUUAUUGCCUAGUUAUGUUUCCAGUUUGCAAACCUGUGAAUAAAUCUCUAUCAUGUAUUUCUAGCCAAAGCCUCCAAAUACUGAGUUUGUUCAACAGCCUCAAUUCUCUGUUCCCUCCAUAUAGCUUCUGCCCCCAUCCCAAGCCUGGGUUCCAUCACUGGGAAGCCAGGCCUGCCUUCCAGAUAAAUGUCCUGAGAGACGGAGGGAGAAGGCCUGGAAUUGCCAUGAAGAACUGAGGGGUGCCAUCCCUCCCACUCUUCAUACUCGGCUGUCCCUCCAGCAUCCUGGACUGGGGUAGGAAGUUAUAGGUGGUACCAAACCUCACCGCCCUUCGCCUGGGCACAGCAGCAAAGUUGGUGAAAGGGCAGGGCCCUGGCCGGUGUGGCUCAGAGGUUAGAGUGUCAGCCUGUGGACCAGAGGGUUGUGGGUUUGAUUCUCAGUCAAG